ACUGCUAUCACGAUGUCAGAAGCAGUUCCUUCUUCCUCUUGUGUUCUCCCAGAUAACUUCCCAGAAACUGAUGUGGCAGCUCAGCCAGGUGACAUAAUGUUGGUAAACUCUCCUCCUGAUGACGCGAAGGAGAUAUCAAAUCAUUUGAUGUCUUCUCUGGAGCGGCACAGUGGACAGGAUACAAACAGUGAUUCAGAGGACAGCUUGUUCAUCACUCAGAAAUGUGCACCUCAACGACGGAGGCGCUCAAACCGGAGGUCAAACUUCAGGGCCCACAGAGAUUCACCAGAAGAUGAAUAUGACGCAUCCACCUCUGAGGAGGAACAUCCAGAAGACGGAGAGCAGCAGCAGAAGAAAAGCUGCACAACACCGAAGUUCACCUUUCAUUUCCUCAAGGAGAGAAGGGUGACGAGGUUACCAUCUUAUCAGAACAGAAAACUUCAUUAUUACGCCAUGGGAGGUUACUUCAGAUAUACGGAGCAGCUUUGGGACAGCUAUCAAACAGGGGAAGAUCUGCUGCUGUCUUUACCAACUGUGGACCAGGACGGAGAGGCCAUAUCUCCUUUGUCAGAAGAGGAAGACGAAACUACAGAAAAAGAGAUCCGAGUGGUGGAAAAGAAGCUCUUUGUGGUGUCGAAAACAAAGAACUCCCAACCUUGGUGCAAUCCCAGAAAGAGAUCCAGUGAAGAAACGCAACACAAUGAAGAGCAGGACAAUGCUGCAGGCGAGCCACAGGGAGGAGUGGGAAUGAUUACCCGCAGAAGAUCAAUGCGGAUAUCCUCGUUGAGGGGACUGUCCUCUUCAAAAACAAAGGAGUCAGAUGAAAUCCCGGAAGAGACGAAGUCGGUCGAUGAACGAGUGUCAACGUCUGGAAACCUCCCUGCUGAAACUGAAAUGGGAAGGAAGAGCAGAUCUCGAGGAAAAGAAAGUAGACCAAGUGGUCUUAUUCCUGAAGAGAAUGAACGGAUGCUUGGUAACGAAAGCGUCGCCACAUGCCGGGGUCUGAGUGCAGAGCAGAGCGAUAGAGAAGCAACGGGCCCUCAUACUGGGGCAGAUGAACAAACCGGUGUACGAGAUGAUGAUAUAGAGUGUAGAACAAUCAAGGUAAAGAAGAGGAAGAAAGAAAAAAAGGACAGAGAAGAUGACAAAUGUGUAGAAGAAGGAAAAGAUCAGACUCUAGAGGGAGUCGGGGGUCAUCAGACUGCUCCCUCUGCAAACCUGAUUAUCACUGAGACAGUGGAAGCUCCUUGUAUGGAGAAGAAGAAAAAGAAGAAGAAGAAACUUGAAAACCAAUAUCUCGGACAGGAGGCGGAUGAAAAAUCAGACCAACAGAAGGAGGAGGAUUUUGUUGUGGUGUGUGAAACUGAAAAUGUUGAUACAGACUCUUUAAAGACCAACAAAGCUGCAGAGACUGUGACGAAUGACGUACAUGUCCCAAAGAAAAGGAAGAAAAAUAAAAAAUACUCUUCAGAUCUGAAUCAAACAGGAACAGAACAACCACAGGCAAUAGAUCAUUCAAGUAAUGGUGAAGUUUUACAGGAAAUGCUGGAGUCCAAUGGGUUUAAAAGAAAAAAACACAAAAAGAAAAAGAACCAGUCGCCUGAUGACAAUCAGACAGAUGUGGACUUAUCAAACGAUGUUCCGACAGUGCCAGAAAAUACAGACUUUGUUUAUAAAAGGAAGAAAAAGAAAAAAUACUCUUCAGAUCUGAAUCAAACAUCAACAGAACAACCACAGGCAACAGAUCAUUCAACUAAUGGUGAAGUUUUUCAGGAAAUGCUAGAGUCCAAUGGGUUUAAAAGAAAAAAGCACAAAAAGAAAAAGAACCAGUCGCCUGAUGACAAUCAGACAGAUGUGGACUUAUCAAACGAUGCCUCGACCGUGCCAGAAAAUACAGACUUUGUUUAUAAAAAGAAGAAAAAGAAACAUGUGUCUGACCAAGUUGGACUUGCGGAAGAAGAUGAAAGUGUAGAGAAAACUCCAAAAGACAGGCAAGAUAUUGAACCGAAAACCAAGAAGAAGAAGAAAAAGAAGGGCGAUAUCAGCGAAAGUAACUCAGAGGACAUGUUGGCAUCUGGUGACUAUUCGGAGCUUGUGCGCAAAAAGAAAAAGAAAAAGAAAAGGACUUCUUCCGUCCUUUCUGCUGAUGAUGAGGAACAGUCUCCAUCUGCUCAUGAGGGCUGUCCUGAAAAGCCUGAGGUCAGCGCUGGCGAGUUAGCCGUGGAAUCAGCAGACGUUUCUGAACAUUUGCAAGAAUCAAAAGAUGGCAAGAAGAAAAAGAAGAGGUCAGCAACUGUCCCCGAGAGUGAGGAAAGGGAGCUGGAGGAAACAUCUGAAGCGCUGGUCAAGAGUAAAGAGAAACGCAAGAGAACUGAAAGGCUCACAAAAAGUUUGGAGAGCAUUGAGCAAUCUCAAACCGAAGAGGCGGUGGUUGUGAAGAAGAAGAAGAAGAAGAAGAAAAGCAGACAGGAGGAUCCGGAUGAGGAGGACAGAACAAAUCCUGGGGCUGGUUGUAAGUUUAACGCAACGUCAUCUAAAACAUUUCCAGCAGAACUGGAGACGUCUUCCUCUCGCUGUGUGGAGAGGAAAAGAAAGCGUAAUGCAAAAAGAAGACUUCAUAAUCCAGAUAAAGACUUUCUUUCAGACUUAAACAACUGAGCAGAUAGAUCACGAUGUCAUAAGGUUUAUUUACUUUUAUUAUGAACUAUCCACUGUUUUAGGGUGACAGUGUUGAAAUUUAAAACCUUUUGGGUUCUGAAUUAAGUUUAUUUUCUAUAUUUAAUUUUGUAUCAAAGCACUUUUACACCUGAACAGUUCUGAAUAAUUUUUAAAUUGAGACAUAAUGUACAAAAACUUCAAGAAUAUUUACAAAAACUAUACAUUCAAAUAAAAGAAAAAAAUGUCA